GCGGGGGGCGCGGGCGCGGGCGGCUGGGCCCGGCCGCAGCACAUCUGCGAGCGCAGACCACCGCCUGCAGCCACAUCUGCGAGCGCAGACCACCGCCAGAAGCCACAUCUGCGAGCGCAGACCACCGCCUGCAGCCACAUCUGCGAGCGCAGACCACCGCCAGAAGCCACAUCUGCGAGCGCAGACCACCGCCUGCAGCCCCCGGGCCGCGGCCGUGUCCCGCCGGCAUCGGCGGUACUGGGCGGGCGCUGCGUUAGCGGCCGGAGCCCUCGGGCCCGGCUCCCCAUGGGUCUGGCUCCUCCAUUCUUGUCAGUGAACUGAAGGCCAAGUGUCUGUAGACCUUCAAAGGGUAGUUGCUCUCAGCAAAGACCUUUGAUUCCUUGACUAAAAGAGAUUGGUAGAGGAGCAGUACCUGGAAAAUUGAAGAAGAGCUCCGAAUUUUUGUUGAACACAGCAAAUAAUAGUCUUGACUUUUGUAACCAGCCAGGCUCCAGCUCAUGUUGCACUAGAAAAUAAUCUCUUACACCACAGAAUGGGUAAAAAAGUAAAGAAGGGAUCACAGGAUCCACCCAAGGAUGUGUUUGAUCCUUUAUUGAUUGAAAGCAAAACACCAGCAACAGUUGUGCUAAUGCUUAGUUCUCCUGAAAAUGAAAUUUUGGCCAAAGCAUGUGAUGCUCUGUAUACAUUUGCAUCAAAAGAUGAUGAAAACAAAGUGGUACUUCUUGGUCUUGGAGCAUUGGAACAUCUGCAUAAACUCCUCUCACACGAAGAUUCACUUGUCCGCAGAAAUGCCGUCAUGGUGUUGGGCAUCAUGGCUUCUAAUAAUGAUGUCAAGAAGUCACUGAGGGAACUGGAUGUCACAAAAUCACUUAUUUCACAGCUAGCACCAGAAGAGGAUGUAGUUAUCCAUGAGUUUGCUACUCUUUGUCUAGCAUAUAUGGCUGCUGAGUAUACUACUAAAGUAAAAAUAUUUGAGCAAGGUGGGUUAGAACCACUUAUCAGACUGCUAGGUAGCCCUGAUCCUGAUGUUAAGAAGAAUUCACUUGAGUGUAUCUACCUUUUGGUACAGGAUUUUCAAAACCGUGCUGCAGUUCGUGAACUGAAUGUAAUUCUACCCUUGCUGGGACUACUGGAAUCUGAAUAUCCAGUCAUUCAGUUGUUGGCCCUUCAAACCUUAGAAUUAAUUAGCAAAGACAGAGAAACCAGGAUAUUACUGGGAGAAAAUAAUGGAUUAGAUUGCCUUCUGAAUAUACUGGAAAACAAUGAACUCCGUGAUCUACAUAUUGAAACUCUUGCUGUGUUGGGAAAUUGUCUUGAAGAUGUGCAUACUCUACAACAGAUUCAGCUAACAGGAGGCCUUCAAAAAAUAGUUUCAUUUUUAGAAGCCUCUACUGUUCCUGAUAUUCAGAAGAAUGCAGCAAAGGCAAUUACCAAGGCAGCUUAUGACUCUGAAAUACGAAAAAUCUUACACUGGGGAGAGGUUGAGAAAUUUCUCCUAAUCCUCUUGGAAACUAACAAUGAUGAAGUUAAAGUUGCUGCUUCCCAAGCCAUUGCUGCCAUGUGUGAGAAUAUGGACAGUAAAUGUGUCCUUGGACUUCAGGGGAUUCCCCAGCUGGUACAGUUGCUAAGCAGUGAUAAUGAAGAGGUAAAAGAAGCUGUAGUGACAGCAUUAGCUAAUUUGACAACAUCCAGUCCUAAAAACGUAAGUGUUGUUGCUGAGGCUGGAGGAAUUGAGCCAUUAAUGAAGACCUUGAACGCCCAGAGAGAUGGAGCCAUUUCCAAUGCCAUUGCAGUGCUGACAAAUCUAUCCCUGCGAGAGUCAUCCCGUGUCAGUAUCCAGAGCCGUGGGAUCAUGAGUGCCCUUGUGGGGCCACUGCGCUCAACCAACAGCCAAGUGCAGAGCAAGGCAGCAUUUGCUGUGGCUGCCUUUGGCUGUGAUGCUGAUACACGAGCUGAGUUAAGAAAUGUCGGCGGGCUGGGACCACUUGUUGAAUUGCUGAAGUCUAACCAUGAAGAAGUCAGAAGAAAUGCCUGUUGGGCUGUUACAGUCUGUGGAAGUGAUGAACCAACUGCUAUUGAACUGUGCAGGCUAGGUGCUUUAGACAUCCUAGAAGAAAUGAAUCUGUCAACAAAGCGUAAAAAUAAGUUUAGUGAAGCUGCUCUGGAAAAGCUACUUGAUAACAAUCUUUGCCAAAAGUACAGCCAGAUGGGAUAUUUGUCAUCAAAUAAUAUCAUUACUAAUGGAUUCUAUGAUUGCGGUCAGGUAAAACAUGGAGAGAAAGUUUUGUCUUUGGAAGAACUAGGCAAGCAAGAGCUUACUGACCGUCGGUCAAUAAUCUUCAUUAAUGCUAAACCCCAAGAAAAUGUUGUAGAAGAGAAGGUACAAGAUGAAUCAGUACCUGUUUCAGCAGCAAGCAGCAAAGAAAAAAUAAGAAAAGGGAAGGGGAAAAAAGAGGAGGAAAAACCAAAAGAAGCUACUCCAGUUUCAACUCCAGUUGAGGAGGAAAUAAGCAUAGAAAAUGCCCAAUGGAUACCACCACCUGAUUUCAUUUUAAUGGAUUACAUUAAUGAAACUUCCAAAAUUAUUCUACCACUAACUACCACCCGGGAACAGGUUGCGGCUCUUGCACAGUUUGUUGCAGACAAGAUGGGUGGCCCUGUUGAAAGAGAGCAACUACAUAACUUCUGGUGGGAACUUGACAUAAGUAAAAUAGAAUUUGGACUGAAAAGCAACAUUGUGCCUAUCGGGAAAAUCAAGAGAGGCUCGUUCUAUCACAGAGCUUUACUUUUCAAGGUGUUAGCAGACAGAAAUGGCAUUGGCUGUACUUUAGUUCGUGGCAAGUAUAACAGAGCUUGGAAUGAAGUUAAAUUGGUUGAACGCUCUCCCAAAGGGCUUCUGCUUCCUCCUCAAGAGUAUGUUGUAGAUGUAAUGUUUGAACCAGGCCGUUUGCUAAAACAAGGGAGUGCAAAGGCUCAUCAAUACAAAUAUGUUUAAUCAUCUCAAUGAAUUGCACCAAAAUAAAUAUUUUAAAUAUG